UUGUAAAAAAUCGAUAUCUCUAAUUCGUUAACUCAAUACGUUAUACCAUAAGAAGGGCAAAUAGUUUUGUGUAUACGAUUGUUUUAUAUUAUGCACAACUGUACCAAUGUUAAUACCAUAAAUGAGAAAAUAAGCGUAAAGUGUAUGGACAUCAACUAUUCGGAAGCGCAGUUUAUAUCUUUUUCUAGAUUAACCUAUUAGAAUUUCUGUUCUCACAAUACAUUGUAAGAGAACAUGGCGGACGCUGCAGCGCGACAGUUGCAGUACGAGUAUAAAGCAAAUUCAAAUUUAGUUUUACAAGCGGACGUUCGACUAAUAGAAAGACGUAGCAGAGAUGAAGCCACAGGAGAAGUUAUGUCCCUUGUUGGGAAGCUCGAUGGCACACGGAUGGGAGACAGAGCUCAACGAACGAAACCAGGAAAAGCUGAAGAAAGAAAAGCAAAACGUCAGAAGCGGGACGAAGCACAAUACGAUUUUGCACGUAUGAGAGGUGCCACUUUGCUUUCUGAAGGAGUAGACGAAAUGGUUGGUAUCGUUUUAUCGCCAAAACUCAAAGAGACACGUCAAACUUAUGAAGUAUUGCUCAGUUUUAUUCAAGGCUUAGGUGAUCAACCACGUGACAUUCUAUGUGGUGCUGCGGAUGAGGUUUUGGCGGUAUUGAAAAAUGACAGAUUAAAGGAAAGAGAAAAGAAGAAGGAAACGGAAUUGUUACUUGGUUCCCUAGCCGAAGAAAGAUUUGCGUUAUUGGUGAAUCUUGGAAAGAAAAUAACAGAUUUUGGAAGCGACGAAAAAAGUACUACAAAUGAAGAGAAUAUUGAUGAGACUUAUGGAAUUAACGUACAAUUUGAAGAGAGCAGCGAAGAAGAUGAUGAAGACGUAUAUGGAGAGGUUAGGGAGAAUGACGACGAGGGAGAUGAAGGAGAGGAAGCUAACGAUGAUAGAGCCAUUCACGCUGAGAAUUUAGGUGGCGCAGAAGAGAUGAAAAAGGAGAAACCAUUGCAUCCGCUUGAUAUAGAUGCGUAUUGGCUCCAAAGAAGAUUGAGUAGAAUAUACGACGACGCAAUGGUUUCUCAAGCAAGAGCAGCAGAAGUUUUAACAGUUUUGAAGGAUGCUAGCGAUGAUCGUGAUUGUGAAAAUCAAUUAGUUUUACUUUUGGGUUACGACUGUUUUGAUUUUAUAAAACAAUUAAAAAAGUAUAGGCACACAAUUGCUUACUGCACAAUGUUGGCAGCUUCGCAGUCCGAAUCGGAGAGACAAAAGAUACGUAAUAAGAUGAAUGAUGAUCCGAUACUCGCAAAAAUUUUAAAACAAUUAGAUACAGGAAAAGGGGAUGAUGAUGCGGACGAAACAAUGGAAGCCAGAGCGCAGCGUAAGAGAAGAGAAGAAAAUGAAGACACCGGUGGUCCAGGAGGUCAAGUACAAGGGACUAGAAAUUUAAUAGACUUGGAGGAUUUAAUAUUUGCACAAGGAAGUCAUUUUAUGGCAAACAAGCGUUGUCAAUUACCUGAUGGAAGUUUUAGGAAACAAAGAAAAGGAUACGAAGAAGUUCAUGUGCCUGCUUUGAAACCCAAACCAUUCGGCGAGAACGAGAAACUUCUACCGAUCGAAGAUUUACCAAAAUACGUUCAACCUGCCUUUGAGGGUUUUAAGACAUUAAACAGAAUUCAAAGUCGUUUAUAUCAGACUGCAUUGGAAAGCGAUGAAAAUUUAUUACUGUGUGCCCCUACCGGGGCUGGAAAAACAAACGUUGCUCUUCUCUGUAUGAUGCGUGAAAUCGGUAAACACAUUAAUGCAGACGGCACAAUAAACGCGGACGAGUUCAAAAUUAUUUAUGUAGCACCAAUGCGUUCUCUUGUACAAGAAAUGGUUGGUAAUUUUGGAAAACGAUUGUCGACUUAUAAUCUAACAGUUUCGGAAUUGACCGGAGAUCAUCAGUUAACCAGAGAACAAAUAGCUGCGACUCAAGUAAUCGUUUGCACACCGGAAAAAUGGGAUAUUAUAACGCGUAAAGGUGGCGAAAAGACGUUCACCUCGUUAGUAAGAUUAAUUAUUAUCGAUGAAAUUCAUUUGUUGCAUGACGAAAGAGGACCGGUAUUGGAAGCAUUGGUGGCAAGAACGAUCAGGAACAUUGAAACGACGCAGGAAGACGUUCGGCUUGUAGGUCUUUCGGCUACAUUGCCGAAUUAUCAAGACGUUGCCACGUUCCUCCGUAUAAAAAUGGAAACAGGCCUUUUCUAUUUUGACAAUAGUUUCAGGCCGGUUGCCUUGGAACAGCAAUAUAUUGGCGUGACCGAGAAAAAAGCAUUGAAAAGAUUUCAAGUUAUGAAUGAAAUAGUUUAUGAGAAGACAAUGGAACACGCCGGUAGAAAUCAGGUAUUGAUCUUCGUGCAUUCUCGCAAGGAGACCGGUAAAACUGCACGUGCGAUCAGAGACAUGUGUUUAGAAAAAGAUACCUUAGGCCAAUUUCUUCGAGAAGGUUCCGCUUCUAUGGAGGUAUUAAGGAGCGAAGCGGAGCAAGUAAAGAAUCAAGAGCUUAAGGAUUUAUUGCCAUACGGAUUUGCCAUCCAUCAUGCCGGUAUGACCAGAGUAGAUCGUACAUUGGUCGAAGAUCUUUUUGCCGACAGGCACAUACAAGUCCUCGUUUCAACCGCCACAUUGGCUUGGGGUGUUAAUCUACCAGCUCAUACGGUCAUUAUCAAGGGCACACAAGUGUAUAAUCCAGAAAAAGGCAGGUGGGUAGAAUUAGGUGCCUUGGACGUUCUACAGAUGUUAGGUCGAGCCGGUCGUCCACAGUAUGACACCAAAGGCGAAGGUAUUUUAAUUACCAAUCAUAGCGAGCUACAAUACUAUUUGUCUCUCCUAAAUCAACAAUUACCGAUCGAAUCGCAAUUGAUCAGCAAGCUACCGGAUAUGUUAAACGCAGAGAUAGUAUUAGGGACCAUUCAAAAUAUUAGAGAUGCCGUAACCUGGCUCGGUUACACGUAUUUGUACGUAAGAAUGCCGCGUUGUCCCAAUCUCUAUGGAAUAAGUCAUGACAAAUUGAGAGAAGAUCCUUUAUUGGAAUUACAUAGAGCUGACUUGAUCCAUUCUGCCGCGGUUGCGUUAGACCGAAGUGGUUUGAUUAAGUACGAUCGUAAAUCGGGAAAUUUCCAAGCAACCGAAUUAGGUAGAAUAGCAUCGCAUUAUUAUUGCACGCACGAAACAAUGUCGACGUACAAUCAACUUCUUAAGCGUACGUUAAGCGAGAUCGAAUUAUUCCGAGUGUUCUCUUUGUCCAGCGAAUUCAAAAAUAUCAACGUCAGAGAGGAAGAGAAAUUGGAAUUGCAAAAAUUAAUGGAGAGGGUACCUAUACCGGUCAAGGAAAGCAUCGAAGAGCCUAGUGCUAAGGUGAACGUAUUGUUGCAGGCAUACAUCUCACAAUUAAAAUUAGAGGGAUUUGCCCUGAUGUCCGACAUGAUGUUAGUUACGCAAUCGGCAACGCGAUUAAUGCGAGCUAUAUUCGAAAUUGUAUUGUUUCGCGGAUGGGCCCAAUUAGCGGAUAAAUGUUUAUCCUUGUGCAAGAUGAUAGACCGUAGAAUGUGGCAAUCCAUGUCACUUUUAAGACAAUUCCGAAAGAUGCCCGAGGAAAUAGUCAAGAAAAUAGAGAAGAAAAACAUGCCGUGGGAAAGACUGUAUGAUCUCGGGCCGAAUGAAACCGGUGAAAUGAUACGUUCACCGAAAUUGGGCAAAACCAUUCAUAAAUAUGUCCGUCAGUUUCCAAAAUUGGAAUUGUCGACGCAUAUUCAGCCGAUCACGCGAUCCACCUUACGCGUCGAAUUAACGAUCACGCCUGACUUUCAAUGGGACGAGAAAGUACACGGUGCCUCCGAAGCAUUUUGGAUUCUCGUCGAGGACGUCGAUUCCGAGGUCAUAUUACAUCACGAAUAUUUCCUUUUGAAAGCGAAAUACGCGACCGACGAGCACUUGAUCAAAUUCUUCGUUCCAGUUUUCGAACCCUUACCGCCGCAGUAUUUCUUACGCGUAGUAUCGGACAGAUGGAUCGGCGCUGAGACCCAAUUACCCGUAAGCUUUAGACACCUUAUAUUACCAGAAAAGAAUCUACCGCCGACGGAGUUGCUAGAUCUUCAGCCUUUGCCAAUUACCGCAUUGCGAAAUGCAAAAUUCGAAAAUUUAUAUGCCAACAAAUUUCCGCAAUUUAAUCCGAUACAAACGCAAGUAUUCAAUGCGGUGUACAAUUCCGACGAUAACGUAUUUGUCGGUGCACCAACCGGAUCUGGAAAGACUACAAUUGCCGAAUUUGCGGUACUCCGUUUGUUGACACAAAAUCAAGAAGGCAGAUGCGUCUACAUGGUCAGCAAGGAGGCAUUAGCCGAACUGGUUUAUGCCGAUUGGCUAGUUAAGUUUGGCCAACAAUUGAACAGAAAAGUAGUUUUAUUGACUGGAGAGACUGGAACGGAUCUGAAAUUACUUGCCAAAGGACAGAUAGUGAUAACGACUGCUGACAAAUGGGACGUGCUUUCACGAAGAUGGAAACAACGAAAAAACGUACAGAAUAUACAGCUAUUUAUUGUGGACGAAUUGCAAUUGAUCGGCGGAGAGGAAGGUCCUGUAUUGGAAGUUGUUUGUUCCAGGGCGAGAUACAUCUCCUCACAGUUGGAUAAACCGACUAGAAUAGUGGCUCUUUCGGCGUCGUUGGCCGAUGCUAAGGACGCAGCGCAAUGGUUGGGUGCACCAGCUGCGGCAACUUUUAACUUCCAUCCUUCGGUAAGACCCGUGCCAUUGGAAUUACACGUUCAAGGGAUUAACAUCACUCAUAACGCCUCCAGAUUGGCUGCUAUGGCCAAACCGGUGUAUAACGCGAUAUUGAGGCACGCCGCUCACAAGCCCGUUAUCGUCUUUGUACCAACUCGUCGACAGGUCAGAUUAACAGCCAUCGAUUUGUUAACGUUCACAGCGGCAGAGGGUGCGCCAUCGAGAUUCUUCCAUGCCGAGGAAGCUGAUAUAAAACCCUUCUUGGAUAGAAUGACGGAUAAAACGUUGAAAGAGACCUUGUCUCAAGGUAUAGCUUAUUUGCAUGAAGGAUUAUCUGCGGAUGAUAGGCGUUUAGUCGAACAAUUGUUCGACAGCGAUGCCAUUCAAGUAGCAGUGGCAACCAGAGACCUAUGCUGGAGUUUAUCCAUUAGCUCCCAUUUAGUAGUAGUGAUGGACACUCAAUGUUACAACGGCAAAACUCACGCGUACGAGGAUUAUCCGAUAACGGACGUAUUGCAAAUGGUAGCACGAGCUAAUCGACCUCUCGAGGACGACGAUGCCAAGUGCGUGCUCCUUUGUCAAAGUUCUAAGAAGGAUUUCUUCAAAAAGUUCUUAAACGAACCGCUCCCAGUGGAGAGCCACUUGGAUCACAGAUUACACGAUCACUUUAACGCCGAAAUUGUUACAAAGACGAUAGAAAACAAGCAAGACGCGGUCGAUUAUUUAACAUGGACAUUCCUUUACAGGAGACUUACCCAAAAUCCAAAUUAUUACGGAUUGCAAGGGGUCACGCAUAGGCAUUUGUCCGAUCACCUAUCCGAAUUAGUCGAGACUACGUUGAACGAUCUCGAACAGGCCAAAUGUGUCGCGGUCGAGGACGAAAUGGAUACAUUACCGUUGAAUCUUGGAAUGAUCGCUGCAUAUUAUUACAUCAAUUAUGCCACCAUAGAAUUGUUUAGUUUAUCCUUGAACAACAAAACGAAGAUACGCGGUCUCCUGGAGAUAAUAUCGGCGGCUGCGUAUGCUGAGUACGAAACGGUUCCAGUUAGACAACGAGAAGAGAAUUUGUUGAGAAGUUUAGCAGCGCGACUUCCUCAUGCACCUCAAGCGACAAGAAUGGCUGAUCCUCAUGUGAAAGCUCAACUACUCUUGCAAGCUCAUCUCUCUAGGAUACAAUUGGGUCCGGAAUUACAGAAGGACACGGAAUUAGUUUUGAGCAAAGCGAUUAGAUUGAUACAAGCUUGCGUCGAUGUCCUUAGCUCUUCAGGUUGGUUGACACCAGCCGUUGCAGCUAUGGAAUUAGCACAGAUGGUAACGCAAGCCAUGUGGUCGAAGGAUUCUUACCUGAAACAAUUACCGCACUUUACCUCGGAAACGAUCAAACGAUGCACAGAGAAAAGCGUCGAGACCGUUUUCGACGUAAUAGAACUAGAGUUCGACGAUAGAAAUAGACUUUUACAGCUGACCGAUGCGCAAAUGGCGGACGUUGCUAAAUUCUGUAAUCGUUAUCCCAACAUCGAAAUGUCCUACGAGGUUCAGGACAAGGAUAAAUUGCACAGUGGCGGUACCGUUAACGUUAUCGUUCAGCUCGAAAGAGAAGACGAAGUGACCGGCCCAGUGGUGGCACCUUUCUUCCCACAAAAGCGUGAAGAAGGUUGGUGGGUUGUCAUCGGUGACCCCAAAACCAAUUCUCUACUCUCCAUCAAGAGACUAACUUUGCAACAAAAAGCUAAAGUAAAGUUAGACUUUGUUGCACCGGCACCAGGACAACAUUCAUAUACUUUAUAUUUCAUGAGCGACGCUUAUUUAGGAUGCGAUCAAGAGUACAAAUUUACAAUCAACGUUGGUGAAUAUGAAUCGGAUGCAAGCUCUGCUUCUGAAUCCGAAUAAAGAGGUUGCUGAAUUUCAUUGUAUCUUUCUAAUAUAGGUUAAAUAAAGUCUUUUCUAUGUAUAAUA